GGCAGGGCCAGCUGUCCCGACCAGGGAUAAAAGGCUUUGCCAGCGUGACUGGGAAGAGAGACACCUCCCCUCCUUCCUUCACCAGGACAUCAAGGAGGGACCUGCUGGCUCUACAUCCUCCAGCCUGCAGGCCCCGCCCUCCUGGUCUCUGGCCUCCACCUCUCCGCUCUGUCUUCAUGUCUCUGAGGGUCUUGGGCUCCGCCACCUGGCCCUCAGCCCCUAAAAUGUUCCUCCUGCUCACAGCACUUCAAGUCCUGGCUGUAGCCAUGACACGGAGCCAAGAGGAUGAGAACAAGAUAAUUGGUGGCUACACGUGUGCCCGGAACUCCCAGCCAUGGCAGGUGGCCCUGCUGGCGGGUCCCGGGCGCCGCUUUCUCUGCGGAGGCGCCCUGCUUUCAGACCAGUGGGUCAUCACCGCUGCUCACUGCGGCCGCCCGAUUCUUCGGGUCGCCCUGGGCAAGCACAACCUGAAGAGGUGGGAGGCCACCCAGCAGGUGCUGCGCGUGGUUCGCCAGGUGACACACCCAAACUACAACUCACGGACCCACGACAACGACCUCAUGCUGCUGCAGCUGCAGCAGCCUGCUCGGAUCGGGAGGGCAAUCAGGCCCAUUGAAGUCGCCCAGGCCUGUGCCAGCCCCGGGACCUCCUGCCGAGUGUCAGGCUGGGGAAUGACAUCCAGCCCCAUCGCCAGGUACCCCACUUCUCUGCAAUGCGUGAACAUCAACAUCUCCCCGGAUGAGGUGUGCAGGAAGGCCUAUUCCGGGGCCAUCAAGCCUGGCAUGGUCUGUGCAGGAGUUCCCCAGGGUGGGAAGGACUCUUGUCAGGGUGACUCUGGGGGACCCUUGGUGUGCAAAGGAAAGCUCCAGGGCCUCGUGUCUUGGGGAAUGGAGCGCUGUGCCCUGCCUGGCUACCCCGGUGUCUACACCAACUUGUGCAAGUACCGAAGCUGGAUUGAGGAAACGAUGCGGGGCAAAUGAUGGCCGUCAUGGAGGGAUGGACCUCGUCAGCUGCCUCCUCUCUCCACUCAGGACCCACGAGUCCAGGCCCCAGCCCCUCCUCCCUCAGACCCAGGAGUCCAGGCCCCAGCCCCUCCU